AGUUGUGCGAUUCCGAGUGCUCUCGAGGCGGACGCACGCUCGAGGCGCGUUCCGAAUAAAAGAAGAAUUUUUGCCCCACAUUGGUGCCCGUUUGGUUUUUCACUUGCAUUUCUCUGCUGCUGCUACUCCUGCCCAGUACCGUUCGUCAUCCUUUCCCUCUCGCUCUACAUCUAGGUCGGACGUUUGACAGCUUCGGUGCGAAGCGCUGCUUUUGACAGCAGUAGCAGAAGGAGGGAGUGUGUGUGUUGGAGAAGAAGAAAUAGUAGCGGUCGGUUGUUCGGUCCGGUGUGUGCGGGGUGUGAUAGUGGAAGCGAAGACAGCGGCGGUGGUGCUGUGGCGAAUGGGUGAAAGACCGUUUGCACGGAAUCGAAGUCAGAUAGUGGUGAGACAACUUGCUGCGAGUAACAGAGCGUGAGCGAUACGCGUGAGAGUGAGAAAGCAAACGAGAAGGCAAAAGUGGUGCUUAGCGGAUCGGCGAAGGUACACAGGCAAGAAAGAAAAGAGCACACAGCUCUCGUGAACGGGAACGAUUGACCAACCUGUCGUCGUCCCGUUGUCCAUCCACCCUCCCUCACCUCACCGCACCGACCUCUGCCGUUCCGCGGAGGGGUCGUGUCUGGCGGGACGGUGUGAGUUAGUGUGUACGUGUGCGGCGCGAGUAAACUGUGACGUGCGUGUCACGGACGCGUCGUUGUUGCUCUGUUUGGGGCUGCACGGUUUCGCUUUCUCUCGCUCGCUCAAUCUCGCCCCCCCCCUCUCUUCCAAACGCUCGCGGUACUGCUGCUGCUUCCAAAGGUGGAUGCGAUUAAAGGGACCACUGCAUCUGCAACCCGUACUUCCGUCCGCCGUACGUUGGUGGCGGAGUGAUUUGUGAUUGUUGCCACCGCCAAGCGUGCACGGCACCCGGUACUGCUACGGAUGGACGCGGGCGUGAAACCCUUCGAGGGUAAGCUCUUCAUCCAGACGAUCGACAUUCGGGAUGAGAAUGAGGAAAAGUAUAUGCGGGCGUACCGCAGCUUCGAGGAGAUUACGGCCGGGCUGAGUGAUAAAGACUUCCACGAUCUGUUGUCGGCGCUGGUCAGCAAGGAGAAGCAGCAUGAGGAGAUUUCGCUCGCCCUGGUGUACAUCAUACUGACCGAUCCGAUCGCGGCCCCCAAAACGUACCGUGAUCUGACGCUGCUGACGCGCGAUGGGCUCGGUUUCGUCACCAACAAUCUGGCCAUGCUGGUGGCCGAAAAGUACCAGAAGCUGACCGACAUCGGGCGCAAGCAGUUGCUCUGGUUACUGCGCGAACUGAUCAAGAACCAGGUGUUGAACGUGGACAACUUAGCGUGGAACAUUUUGCGCCAAGCGAGCGGUGGCGACAUCAGCCCGAAGAACAUCGCCCUUAUCGAGGGCCUGCUGGAGAUAUUCAUCGAGCAUCGGACAUGGCUGGAGAAGGACCAGUUUCUGGUCGGUACGGUAGCGUACACGUUCGUGCGGCUAAUCGAGGAUCACUGCGGGCCACAGUUUGUACAUCUGCGCAGCCGGGAAGUGAAGUUUGUGAUCGGGCUGAUAAGGGAUCGCUUCAACGAUAUCAUCCCGCUCGGGCGCGAGUUUGUGCGGCUGCUGCAGAACAUCGGGCGAAUACCGGAGUUCGAUCAGCUGUGGAAGGACAUGCUGUACAACCCGAAAUCGCUCUGCCCUACUUUUGCCGGCGUGUGGCAGCUGCUGCAAACGCGCACAAGCCGACGGUUUCUACGCGGUCGACUGACGCCGGAGAUCGAGCGCAAGAUACACUUUCUCACGAGCAACGUCAAGUUCGGCAAUCAAAAGCGGUACCAGGAUUGGUUCCAGGAGAAGUACUUCAACACACCGGAAUCGCAGAGCCUCCGGUGCGACCUGAUACGGUUCAUCAUCAGUGCGAUUCAUCCGACGAAUGAUAUGCUCUGCUCGGACAUCAUUCCGCGUUGGGCCAUCAUCGGGUGGUUGCUGACGUCCUGCACUAACGGCGUAACGUUGGCAAAUGCGAAACUGGCCCUCUUCUACGACUGGCUGUUCUUUGACCCGAUGAAGGACAACAUCAUGAACGUGGAGCCGGGUAUUCUGGUGAUGUACCACUCGAUCAAAAACCACCCGCUCGUUAGCUGCACACUGCUGGACUUUCUCUGUCGCAUCAUGAAAAACUUCUACCCCAAGUGGGAAGAUCGUAUACGGACCGGGAUCUACAAUUCGCUGCGAAAGAUUCUCGACAUGAAGGUGAUCCCCAACUUGGUCCCGCUGUUCGAAUCACCGAAGCUCGAUCGCGAGCUGAAGGCGAUGCUGCGGGAAAACUUCCGCGAGUUUUGCGUGCCACCAAACAGUAUGUACCCCGGGCAAGGGUUACAGGUUCCCCCGAUGCCGAUGGAUGCGGCACCGAUGGCACCGAUGAUGAUGAUGCACUAUCCUCCCGGAGGAAUUGGGAUGGACGGGAUGGUGGAGCAUGCCGCUCACCUUAGUCAUCCACCGCACACACUUCACCCGGGCCAGACAGACGUCACGUUGCUAAAUCGGAUGGAUCCCUCCAGGAAAGCGCACGACAGUGGAGGACCCGGUGGGUUGGGUAGAGGGGGCCCCCCUGGGAUGAUGGGCAUGAUGCCACCAGGGACCGGACUUGGGCUUGGACUGCUUGCACAAGGUGCAGGUGUCGCUAGAGGUGGUGGUGGAGGAGGAGGACAAGGAGCGACCACAGCAGGAAUGCCAGGUUUCGUGAAGCCAGAACAGGGCGACAGUGGCACGGCCGACGAGCCGAAAUUCAGCGACGACGAAGAGGACACGGACGGACAGAAACCAACGGCAACGACGUCAAAAUUGACCGAGGACGUCUCGGAUGACGACGAUCUGCCGCUGGCGAAGGUACGACUGCUAGAGAAGCCGGCGAUAGCGAAGGUGGCCCUGCCGGACGCACUGAGUGCGCACUUGGACGAGUUUUUGCGGGAAAAGAGCGCCAAAUCGUUCGAGCCGGUCCUGCAAGCGCUGGGCAGUUGCGGGAAGUCCGCGCUCAACCAGGAGCAGGAAAACUACCUCACGGAGAGUGUGAUAUCGGUGAUCAAGCAGACACUGCCGGAUAGGAGCUACUUUCCCGAGUCGAAGACGGACGAGAUCCUGACGGCGAGCAUCAACUAUCCGCUGUUCGCGGCCUACCGCCUUUUGUACCAGCAGGAGGAAUCGUGCAAGAAGCGUGUCAUGGCGCUGCUGGUGGCGAUCGUCAGCCGGAUCAAUGUGGCCGGCUAUAUGCUGCUUUACUUCCUCAAGGUCCAUGGCAAGCUGCAGUGUCGGCGGAAAGAAAGUUCCGGCUCGGGUAGUACUGCCUUCAAGGCGUCCGUCUACACCGUGCUCUGUGAGGCACUCGAUGAGCCCGAUUCGGUGGACGAGUGCAUCGAGAAGGACCUGAAUCUGCUGGAGAAACACAACACGCAGAUGUUCCUCUGGAUCCUGCCGGACAUGUACCGGGAGUUCAAGCAGUCAAUGCUGAACAACGAGACCGUGCUGCGGCUGCUGGUGGGUUGCAUCGACGCGACCAAUCUUCGCGACAUCAUCUACAGCAUCACGCAGGGCAAACUGAUCAUCUUCGACGAGGACGGCAUCGGGGACAUCCUGCGGAAGAGCCUCGAGUAUGAAACGUUCGAGCAGGUGUGCAUCUGGCAGCUGGUACAAGCGCACGACAUCACGCUGGAGACGUUCCAGGAGAUGAUCCCGGAGCUGGAGUCGGGUUCGCACGCGGAAGCACUGACCGCGAUCCUCCUGUUGCUGCGCAGCGAAAAGCCCACCACCGAGCUCGUCCGGCUGCUGCUCAGUCGCGAGGAGACGAAGCAUCGGGGCGACCCGUUCGUGACCUCGGUCCUGCGCUACUGGUGCCAGGAGUUCGAGGAGAAGCUCUCGGAACUGAUAGCGGCCCUGCUCACCUCGAAGUACCCCUCCAAUUCGCCGAACAAGCGCAAACGGCCCUCGAAAAGCGCCCAGCAAAACACGGCCCCCACAUCCGAGCACCUGCUGAACCACCUAGAGCACUUCCGGCGCAGCUGCCGGCACGGCAACGGCACCGGGACGGGGCUGUUCGUGCAGAACGACAUGCAGCGCGCCCUCCAGCAAGCAUUCGCACACAGUUCCGAGAGCCAGCGGAAGCAGUUCAGUGAUCUGUUUGCCCUCGCGGCGGAAGACGAAACGUCCACCACCGUGGGCCGGCGGGGUACGAGUAGUCGCGGCCGGAAAGCGCCGUCGAACAAGAAGGAAACGGCCGCGGAGAAGGCGGCUGCAGCGGCGGCGGCCGCCCAUGCCAACAACAGUAAAAAAGCGGCCGAGGCCGCCUCCAACUACUACAGUGACGACUCGAGCGACGAAGACUGGUCCAAGCAGAAAGCUUCGAAGCGAAGGAAAACGCUUAGCGAUUCCGAUUGACACCGUUCGUUGGUUUUUUUUCUGGCAUCGGCCACUACCACCGGAGCAGGAGCCUUCGGUAUUGUACAGUUUGCUGUGGCCAUUGCCAAUGCCAUGUGUAUCCAUCGGAUGGCCGUACAAAUGGCGGCAGAGAGGAGCGGCGGCGGGGAACUGCGUUGCUGGAUUGUGUUCGGCCGGAAGGAAGCACUGAGAUCAAUAGUUUUGUUCUAAGCAAAGUUAAACAUGAGUUUCGCAGCUAUUUGAGCCACUUGGGUGGGUUCCGCUUCCCAUUACACUCGCAAUCCCGGUCAUUGGUCAUUCGUUUAUUCGCGUAACGUUUGCUUGACUUACGCCUAGAGAGGACUGUUGUUGAACGAAGUUUUUUUUUGUUCUUUCCACGCCGUACCCUUCAUUUCUGUUUGAUAUGUUUUAAUUUUGCGAAACUGCUUGUUAGUUUCUUUUUGGCCGAAAAUCGCCGUUUUUCGAUGGCGCGAGGGGUAAACGAAAAAAAUAAAAACUGUAGAAAGUAUCGUUAUAGGCAAUUAUCGGUAACCGUGUCACGUUGGACCACCAUGGGGCAAGGGGGGGAAGUAGUGUUUAAGAAAGGGGAAAAGCUUUCACGUGAUGUGUUUGGGUACGGACGAAAACGGCUUAGAAUAUUUGUUUCAAUUAGUUUCAAUUUGUUUUGAAAAGGAAACCACUCGAACGUCGCUGCAAGGAGAACAUUGAAAUAUAAGGACAGUAGUCGGUAGCAAGCGAAAAAAUCGGCCGACGCAACAGGGACACAACGCGUGGCGCAACCGUGAUCGAGUAGAUGAGAGCCGGAUUUCAUCCUAAGCCAUCAUCACGCGGCAACUAAUAGUAAUAGCGCGCGAACUCAUUUUAAUUCACCUGCACGAGGAUGAAAGCCGUGUUCACUCUUAAGCCGCCGUGUAAUCAAAAUCGUACAUUUUUGUGUUGUUUUAUUGGAGUUGCUGUGGAAGCAUAUCCUAGACCAAGCGAGCCGGGAAUUGGAUGGCCGCUAUGAAAUGGGAUAUGAAUAGGGGAAGGGAAAUCCGUGUAUCCAAAAGUAUGCAGAUCUUAGGAAGAAUAAGGGAAGCACAGAUACAAAAGAAUAUACACACUUAGAAAUUGCGUCAAAUAUGUAAUAGUAUUUCUAAAAAAAAUGUUUAUAGAUUAAAUAAAGCGAACAUUGAU